CAGCGUACGUGGCCGCUACCCGACAAGGAGCUACUGCCAGUGCGUGGAGCUGAACUGUUCCAUGGAAAGAGAGUUAUUCCCAGCCCCAGUUAUUGAACCGAUCUUUGACAAAAAGAGGUGACGCUGCAAUGAGCAACGAAACUUCACCCGUUUCUCUUUAGUAUACUGCUUGUUUUCUUCCCCAUUAUUUCCUUCGAAAAAGAAGAAAAGUGUGUUUCCGGUUCCUCCAACUACUACUGCCACCAAACCAAACAACUCCAAUUAUCCUUUCUCGUCUUGAUCCUCUUCACACUGGAGAUCGCAUAGAGGGUUGUCUGAUCACCACCUGAUGUGAUUUUGGGCACGCCGACGAUGGAUGCAUCGACUUCUUUCGUGCUUGCCGUGUUGACCCUCCACUCUGUCUCUGCCAUGGGCGGCUCCUCCUCCGUGUAUCUGCCGGCGGCGCAAGCCAGCCACCGGAGACUGCUCCAGGAAACCAAUCUUGCUGCGCGUUCGGAACAUUAUAUUCCCGUGUCAAUUGCUCCUCGCGUUCCUUCUCACGGAAGCGGCUCGUUUCCGGCAUCCAGUAGUCGAAAAGGGGGGAAUGAUCCCAAGAAGGUAGCGCCGCCGCCUGCAGCGGUGCCUCAUCGACCUCGCGCGUCUAAGUUCCAUGAUUUGUCGAAAUCCAUGAGGUGGUUGUACUGGAUUGUUCUUCCCGCGGUCGGCCUGCUGUUGCUUACGGGACUAGCUUGCUGGGUGUUGCCAUGUCGCAAGAGUGCGGUUGCAACCAUAGGCCCUUGGAAAACAGGACUCAGUGGCCAGCUGCAGAAGGCAUUUGUCACAGGAGUACCAAAACUACAGCUGUCAGAGCUGGAACGUGCCUGUGAGGACUUCAGCAACAUUGUAGCAAGUUAUCCACACUACACUGUCUACAAGGGGACUUUAUCAUCUGGUGUUGAGAUCGCUGUGGUAUCCACUACGAUUACAUCAAGCAAGGAGUGGUCACAGCAUUCAGAGAGCUGCUUCAGGAAAAAGAUAGAUUCACUGUCGCGGAUAAACCACAAAAACUUCAUCAAUAUGCUUGGCUUUUGUGAGGAGGAGGAACCUUUCACCAGGAUGAUGGUGCUUGAAUACGCACCGAAUGGGACACUUUAUGAGAGUCUUCAUGGUGAGGAUUUUGAGCACAUUGGUUGGCGAGGUAGGAUGCGGAUUAUUAUGGGACUAGCAUACUGCAUCCAACACAUGCAUGAGCUCAACCCUCCAGUGGUGCACCCUGACCUGCAGUCCAGUUCCAUACUGCUCUCUGAAGAUGGUGCUGCAAAGAUCGUUGACAUGAGCGUUUGGCACGAAGUGAUUUCCAAAGGGAAAUCGCCGACAAAUGGUGAGCUUGACCGUCACCAUGAACAAGUGUCUGCUGCCCUAGCAGGGAACGUAUAUAGCUUUGGUGUUAUACUGCUUGAGAUCAUCUCGGGGAAGCUUCCUGAACCUGCACGCGAGCGCUCACUCGUCAGCUUGGCUCUGGAGUGCAUAAACAACGGUGACCGGAGCAUGGUCUCUCUGCUUGAUCCUACACUGAAGGAUCAUAAGGAAGAAGAGCUAGUAGUCAUCGGCAAGGUGAUCCACGCUUGCAUCCAGAGUGACCCGAUGAACAGACCGAGCAUGAGGGAGAUCACUGCCAGGCUGAGGGAAGCCAUAGGCAUCUCGCCAGUGGCUGCGACGCCGAGACUGUCUCCGCUCUGGUGGGCAGAGCUGGAGGUUCUUUCGACCGCGGAAGGAAGCUAAUCAUUGGCGAGAAGGGAUGCUAUCCAUCCGAUGCUUUCUGAAGAAAACACCCUGCAGGCUCACGCUGUGCAUACUUCUACGUUCUAAGCAACCGUUGUGCAUGCAUCCAGCACGUCAACUGCUGUGACAUGCCACCUGGUGUAAAUGUAAAAUUGUAGAAAUAGUUAUCCUCGUGGAUGCUUGGCAGUGCCUUUCCUUGCAUCAUGUGUCUGAAUUCUGAAGGUGCCAUCAGGCAUCAGAAAAAAUGUGCUAGCAUAGCCGUAGCUAGUGUUUUGCCAGCA